CUAAGCAGCUUCGCAGACCAACUACCAUUCUACUUGGUACCGACAAGUCAUAUUCAUCAUCAAUGUCGUCAGCCACGUCUAAACCAGCUUCAGUCAGAGAAGAGAAGGUGAGAGCUUAUUGUCCAUACUGUGAUAAUAAUAAACACUAUCUGAAUGGCUGUGACAACUUCAAGCUUCUUAGCAAAGACCUGAAAAUAGACUGGAUAAAGACAAAGAACCGAUGCUGGCGUUGUGGUCGUGGACAUCAAGCAGCUAACUGCACACUAAAGACUUUCUGCCCAACCUGCAACAAGAAGCACCUUAUGGUACUACAUGAUGUCAAUGACCAGGUCAAGCCAUCUCAGCCAAGUGCAGCUCCUUCCAGUGCAGUUUUAUAUGUUGACCGACCAACCUCUGGAAGUAAAGUACUGCUCAAAGUGACUAAGGUUCUGAUCAAGAAUGGCAACGUGGCAAUGGAAGCUUACGCCAUAUUAGAUGAUGGAUCAGAGCGGACCAUCAUUCUGCAUGAUGCAGUGCAGAAAUUAAGACUUGUGGGGGAGCCAGAGGACCUUGUACUUCGUACAGUAAGACAGGAUACCCAGGUUAUUCACGGGGCGGCAGUGACUUUUACUGUGUCCCAAACUGUUAACCCCAGGAAAGCUUACAAGAUCCGUAAUGCCUUCACAGCCAAAGCACUCGGUCUGGCAGAACAUACACACCCAGUUAGUGUCCUGCAACAGAAAUUUAAGCAUCUUGCAGGGUUACCUCUACAACAGCUGGACAAGGUACAUCCUGUUCUUCUCAUUGGCUCUGAUUGCCCCCACCUCCUCACACCCAUAGAACCAGUCCGACUGGGGCCCCCUGGUGGGCCAGCAGCAGUAAGAACACGUCUGGGAUGGACACUGCAGGGUCCAACUGAAGAAUUGAGCAGUCAUCUUUCCCCUGACCAAUGCUUCUUCACCUCGCUGCAGCCUGUCAAUGAUCUUUAUGCAAAUGUGGAGAGACUGUGGCAAAUGGAUGUUCUACCCUACCAGAGUGAAAAGGUGAUUACCAGAUCACGCCAAGACAAAGAGUCCAUUCAGCUUCUGCAAGAAAACACAGUGAGAGUGGAUGUUAAUGGUAUCCAGCGAUACGCUACUCCUCUGCUCCGUGUCAAGAACAUGCCUCGCCUCUGUGCUCCAAAGGAAGCAGUCCUGCCACAGUUGAGAGGAAUCGAGAAACGGCUGGAAAGGGACCCUGUUCUAACUGCAGCAUACCAAGAGGAGCUGGCCAGGUUAGUGCAAGCUGGUUAUGUUGUCAAACUUAGUCAGGAGCAAGUGGACAAAACAAAGGAAGCCUGGUACAUCCCGCACUACAUGGUGCAGCAUAAUGGGAAGAACAGGGUGGUUUUUAACUGUUCAUUCUCAUAUCAAGGACACAACCUGAACGAGCUACUGUUACCUGGACCAACACUUGGUCCAUCUCUCCUGGCAGUCCUUCUGCGUUUCCGGGAGCACUCUGUUGCCAUCAGUAGUGACAUCCGCGGCAUGUUCCAUCAGGUACGCCUCUUGCCACAAGAUAAACCUCUGCUGAGAUACAUCUGGAGAGACAUGCAAAGAGACAGAACCCCAGAUGUCUAUGAAUGGCAGGUACUGCCUUUCGGGACCACUUGCAGUCCGUGUUGUGCAUCGUUUGCUUUACAGAAGCAUGUUCUAGAUCACAGCCAGCCUGGAGAGGACACACAAGUUUCAGUGGAGAAGUCAUUCUAUGUGGACAAUUGCCUCCAGAGCUUCGCCUCCCGUGACAUGGCCAAGAAUCUGGUAGACAAACUCUGUAACCUUCUAGCAUCUGGUGGCUUUGAGUUACGACAGUGGGCAAGCAAUGACCCUUCAGUUAUCAGCCAUCUGCCAGCUGACAUUCAGUCACCGAGUAGCAUCCUCUGGCUCAGCGAAGGCCACCAAGAAGCUCAGGAAUCAACACUUGGCCUGCACUGGAAUUGCCAAUCAGAUACCCUCUCUUACAAACGACGCAAACCAGACAAUGAAGUGCCCACAAUGCGAAGCAUCUACCAGAUCCUUGCCAGCCAGUAUGAUCCCCUUGGCUAUAUUGUACCCUUCACCACUCGAGCCAAGGUGAUAGUGCAGAGGUUGUGGGACAAACAAAGGGAGUGGGAUGACCCCAGGCUGCCAGAGGACCUAUUAGACUCUUGGAAACACUGGGAGAGUGAAUUGGAAGAUCUGCAGAAUAUCAGUUUGCCCAGAUGUUACUGCAGCAAGGAACUAGACUGCUCUAGUAGCAUUAGGCAACUUCACAUAUUUUGUGAUGCCUCAGAGAAGGCGUAUGGAUCUGUGGCAUACUUAAGAACAGAGAACCCUCAAGGUGAAGUGGAGGUGGCCUUUGUAACAGCUAGGUCUCGUGUUGCUCCCAAGAAACAGCAGAGCAUCCCUCGUCUUGAGCUGUGUGCAGCACUCACAGGUGCACAGCUUGCUAAAGUCCUGAAGGCAGAGCUAACGUUACCACUCAGUAGUGUCACACUGUGGUCUGAUUCCACCACAGUGCUAAUUUGGCUUUUAUCAGAUUCCUGUCGCUUUAAGGUGUUUGUGGGGACCAGAGUGGCAGAAGUACAGGACUUGACUGAAUCUGACACCUGGCGUUACGUACAGUCAUCCGACAACCCAGCAGAUGCAAUUACAAGAGGAAAGUCUCCCUCUGAUCUCAACAAAGACAGCAGAUGGAACCAAGGCCCAGCAUUCCUCAGACAAAGACCAGACAGCUGGCCAGAAAUGCCACCACUAGCUCACAUAAGUGAAGACGGUGAGCUGAAAAGGUCAACUUUCUGUGGAUUGUUAACCUCUGAUCUGUCACUGCCAGAUCCUCAUAAAUUUUGCACAUUCACAGACUACUUAAAAGCUCUUAUACAGCCAUCAUCAGAAAGCUCUCCCUUCAUUGCAACUGCAGAAAACUACAUAGAAGCUGAGCUCACAGCCCUCCGACAGAUCCAGGCAGAAUCAUUCCCAGAUGAGAUAUUGCACUUGAAAUCUGGUAAACCUCUACCAAGCAAUAGUCGACUGCUUUGCCUAGCCCCAGAACUAGAUAUCAGAACCAAUCUCAUUCGUGUUGGCGGUCGCCUACGACAAAUCAGUCAACUAGACGAGGAUACCAUUCACCCCAUUGUCCUUGAUCCACAUCACCCACUCACCAAACUAAUUAUCAAAGACUAUGAUGACUGUUUGCAUCACCCUGGACCAGAGAGGGUGUUUGCGGAGCUCAGGAGAAAAUACUGGGUGUUAAGAGGAAGAGCAGCAGUUAAACACCACCAACGCCAAUGCGCUGAAUGCCAAAAAUGGCGGGCUAAACCGCAUCCCCCCAGGAUGGCAGAUCUCCCACCUGCCAGGUUAAGAAUUCACCAGCCAGUUUUCUAUUCAACAGGUAUAGAUUGCUUUGGUCCCUAUCUCAUAAAGUUUGGACGCCGAAAUGAGAAGCGUUGGGGGAUCAUCUUCAAGUGUAUGACCACCCGUGCAGUGCAUAUUGAUCUCCUCACAAGUAUGGACAGUGACUCAUUCCUGAUGGCCCUUCGUCGCUUCAUUGCUCGACGAGGGAAACCCUUCGAAAUCCUGUCAGAUCAGGGAACGAAUUUCAAAGGUGGUGAAAGGGAACUUCGGGAUGCCUACACUGCUCUUCAACCUGAGCUCCAAGCUCAACUGGCAAGCCAGCAAAUUAGGUUUACAUUCAAUCCACCUAAUGCCCCACAUUUUGGUGGAUGCUGGGAACGGGAAAUUCGAUCCUUGAAAACAGCCCUACAAGUGACACUCGGAGCACAGACAGUCACUGAAGAAGUAUUGCGGACUGUUCUCAUUGAAAUUGAGGGGAUCCUCAAUGCUAAACCUCUUGGUUACAUAUCUUCAGACAUUGCUGACCCUGACCUGGUUACACCCAACAUUCUGCUGAUGGGGCGGCGGGAUGCCUCACUUCCCCAAGUGACAUACCAGGAUUCUGAGCUUCUGAGUCGACGGAGAUGGAGGCAUAGUCAGCUGUUAGCUGAUCACUUUUGGAGGCAAUUCAUCCGUAACUACCUACCCAGCCUUCAAACCAGACAGAAAUGGAUGUCAGAAACAGACAACCUACAGAUAGGUGAAACUGUUAUGAUUGUGGAUCCACAGCUACCUCGUGCACUUUGGCCUGUUGGAAGGAUUGUUCAAGUUUUCCCUGGGAAGGAUAACAGAGUCAGAUCAGCUGAGAUCAAAGUGAAAGACCGAACUUACCUAAGGCCAGUGACCAAGAUCAUCUGUCUACCUCCUUUGGCUGAAUGACAUUGCAAUACUUAGUAAGGCCCUUGUUGUUCAAAUUCACCUUGUGAAUUUGGGGGCGGCUGUAAAAAAGGCCACCCCUUGAAAGUGAACUCUUCCGAACCCUCCCGCCUGUGUUCGUGAUUUGGACUGUUCCUAAUCUUUCCGCGGAGUGAGAACCAAGACAUUAUAGAGGCUGGAUGUGUUGAUGUGUUUAUAGUUAAUAUUUCAUAGUUAAAUAAGUUAGAAGUGGCCCGUUUAAGGCUUGUGUGGAUAUAUGUGUGCGUGCAACUAAUCAACCACACACAUCUUUGCACAAUAAAUCACCCUGAAGUACAUUCCUGGUGUGAGACCUAAUGUUCUGACCGGACACCCUGUAGCCGUUCUAUAAAUCCGAACCUGAGUUAGACAAGAGUAGUCAGCAGUUUUUUCACUUA